CCAAGCUCCAACCCAAGACAGCGGGUUGCCUACCGAGCUACCUUAUGCACACCUGUCCACUCCCCAGGGCCUUGGCCUUCCGCGCGGAACCAAGGUAGAUGCAGAACCCAUCCUGGAAUAUUUUGCAUCAACAGGAACGAGAUCGUACGAAUACAGAUUACCUCCCUUGGUACUCUUCAACCCGAGAGCCACAUCCUGCGGCCCCCCCACCCCCGACUCGACCAAUUCGAAAACCGAAAUUGUCCCUGACCAAGACAAAAGCCAACCGAACCACGAACACUCUCGAGUUGCUGUCACAGGAUAAACUACCUACUAUACUAGAGCCGAUGCUCCUCCAUGGCAUCUAAUAACAACGCACGGCCUCUCGCUCGCCCACCCCAAUCACCACCACCACCAUGUCCAUGUUCUCGACCAUCACCACCGCCCCGGCCAAGCAGUCGGUGAGCGAGACCAUUCCGGUGCUCAGCGGGCGUCUGAGCACAGCGACACUGCUCGAAGACCGCCGCGCCGCCAUCCUGGGCCUGCGCAGUUUUGCAAAACAGUACCCCGCUUCGGUUGCAUCAGGCGCCCUGCGCAGCCUCAUUGGCAGCCUCAGUCGCGAUGGGGAGGAUGUGGACACGGUCAAGGUGGCCCUGGAGACGUUGCUGAUGCUCUUCAGCCCAGAUCCGGACAGUCCCGAAGCUUCGGAGGAAAUCGCCCUGUGGGUGGCCGACGAGUUCACACAGCGGCAUGAGAACAUCGCGUUAUUGUUAGGGUUCUUGGGGAAAGAGAGGACGGAUUUCUACUCACGGCUUUACUCGCUGCAAUUGCUGUCAGCCAUUUUGUCGGCGCGGACUGAACGGACCGAGGAAUGCAUCGUCAACACGAGCGACGGCAUCCCCCGACUCGUGGCGGUACUCGAGGAUGCGAGAGACGCGGUCCGUAACGAAGCAAUCGGGCUGCUCACAGAUCUCACGCCGUCUUCCAACGUCGUCCAGAAUUUGGUCACCCUGGAAAAGGGGUUUGCGCCAAUAUUUGAAAUAAUCGCCAACGAGGGGGGUCUCGCGGGUGGCGCGAGGGUGGCGGAGGACUGCCUGAUUUUGUUGGCCAACCUGCUACGGUUGAACCCCUUGAACCAGACCAUGUUCCGGGACAUGGGGCAUGUUGCAGAAAUCAGCCGACUCCUGCGGGAUGCCUACCAAGAAGGCGAGGACGGCCAGGAGAUCGCGCAGUGGGUGGAAGUCCAGCGCAACAGAAAUGUGUACGCCAUGCUCGCCGUGAUACGGCUACUCCUUGUUCCCGGCGCGGCUGGGACGCCCCUGAACCAGGAGGCGUUUGUGGGUGAUUUAGUAGCCGGCGGACGGACCCGUGUACGAGGCGGCCCCGUCCUCGAGAGUACUCUCCAGAUCGCAUUCUCCCACGUUGCCGAACUGCCGAUUAAAUCAGAAGCGCUGCUCGCAUGCGCGGAUAUGAUCAGGGGUAACGCUGGUGUGCAGGCCAGGUUUGCCGGGUUUCAGGUACCGUCGCCGCUCGCCGACCCCGUCGCCAACGGACAAGGUGCCCAAGUGAAUGGCGCCCCCAAAGUUUACAUCAUCGACGGCCUCUUGGACCUCGUCCUCGCCGUGCAUUCACUUCCGGCGUUCGACCUACGGAUGGCUGCUUGCACGUGCCUCCAAGCGUACUUUUACAAGCACGCCGAGAUCCGUAUGCACUUCCUCGACCAUGCUGUCCGGACGCACAAGGCGCACGCCGACGACCUCACCAACGCCCUCACAAUCCUCCUGCAGCUAGACCCGGAGGUGGCCGCGGCAGACCCGUACAGAUACUGGUUCGCCGCGGUGCUCAUGUUCCACCUCUUGCAUGACAACCCCGAGACAAAAGCCCUGGCUAUGAGCGUCACCGAGGGCGACGAAGAAAGCGGCGAAGAAGUCGUCACGAGCAUCCAGACCAUGACGGCUCACCUGCUUAGUAGCGUCGCCAAGUCGGAAGACCCACGCAUCAGCAUUGGCUAUCUAAUGCUGUUGCUAUGCUGGAUGUUUGAGGACCUUGAGGGAGUUAACGACUUCCUCGGCGAAUUCACCAAUCUCCAGGGCCUGAUACAGGCGGCAAUUGAAAACCCCAACGGUGACGCGAUGGUGCAAGGCCUGAGCGCGAUGCUGGCCGGCGUGGUCUACGAGUUCUCGACCAAGGACUCUCCCGUCCCGCGCACGAAGGUCAGGGAAAUGAUCAUGUCACGCAUGGGCCGUGAUCGCUACGUCGACAAACUAUCAAGGCUGCGCUCCCACCCACUGAUGCGAGACCACGAAGUCCUGUCCCAGAAGCUGGAGCUGGGCCCGGACCAAAAACUUCCCGACGUCUACUUCGACGACACCUUCGUCGAGUUCUUCAAAGACCACUACAGCCGCAUCCUGCGCGCCAUCGACCGCGACCCUGACUCAGAGACCUCCGUCGUGACCAACGGCAUCCAAAAGGGCGUCUCCCGCAAACUCGUCGAUGCCCUCCGCGCCGAGGCAACCGAGAAGUCCGUCGCCCUACAAGAAGCCCACACCCAAACCGCCACCCUCACGGAGCAGCUCACGCAGGAGCAAACAGCCCACCGCAAGACCAAAGACGCCCUCACCACGGACCUCACCCGCGCCCACGACCAGACCACCGCCCUCCGCCAGCAGCUCACCGCCAAGGACGCCGCCAUCCGCACCGCGCAGGAGUCCGGCGCCGCCCUCACCCGGCAGCUCGCGCACGAACAGCAGGAACUCCAGCGCAGCCGCGCGGACGCGGCACGUCUCAAAACCACCAGCGAAGCCCUACAGCGCGAGCACGCACAGCAAACCGCCGCCCUACACGCCCUACAGGAGCAGCUGCGCUCCCGCGAGGACGCCCUCCGCCAGGCGGGCGACGCCAGAAGGGCAACCGAGCAGGAGGUCGAGCGCGCGCGCCGGCGGUGGGAGGCCGACAUGGCCGAUCUGCGGGCGACGGUCAGCCGGCUGGAGGUGGAUGUGAUGAACGCGAAGAAGGGGCGGGCGGCGGCCGAGGAGCGGGUGGGCGUGCUGGAGGGGGUGGUUGGGAAGCGGGAGGCGAGGGUGGCGGAGCUGGAGGCUGCGUUGAGGGCGAAGGAGGUCGAAGUGAAGAGGGCGGGGGAGAGGGUCGGGGAGGUGGAGGGGAGGGUGGGGGAGGCGGAUGCGAGGGUUGGGAAGGCAGAGGGGGAGGUUAGGGAGGCGAGGGGGUUGGUGAAAGUGAAGGAGGAGGAGCGGAAGAGCGCGCAGGGCGAGCUGGAUGAUAUGUUGGAGGUGUUUGGGGAUUUGGAGGAGAAGAUUACUAAGUAUAAGGAACGGCUUAAGGCGUUGGGACAGGAGGUGUCGGAUGGUGAAGAUGAGGAUGGGGAUGAUGACGAUGAUGAGGACGACGACGACGACGAGGACGAGGAUGAGGAUGAGGAUGAGGAGAAAGGUGGGAAAUAAGGGGGGUUAUAUCUUUGACAUUAGCCAGUCUUUGAACUUGUCCGGUCUUAAAAAGCAGGCGAGGCUUAUGAUGUGCAUUUUUAGCGGGUACAUGAGAAUACAAUACCAAGAUUUAGAUGCGUUGGACAUGGGACGAGAGGUCCCCCAUGUUUACGGCUGUUGCUAGGGAGUCCGUCUCCUGGGGAAGGGGAGAAAGGGGUAGACUUGGGGGAGUAAAAAGUAUUAAACCCGCUCUGCGAGAGGGAAACAUAUUAUGUUAACCAUAGGAUAUAUAUUCUACCUUGAUUGUAUUUUCUCGAGCUCUAUUACACCGUCCUGUGGUACCAGGCACACACAGAGAGGUAGGUAGCGCUGCACCGCAAAGUCUGCAGGCCGUCUCCCCGCACACUUUUUUAAGUU